UGCGGCGGCGGCGGCGGCCGCAGCCAAGGGGCGCUCGGCAGCGCAGCCCGCCCGGAGCGCCCCGAGCCGCAGCGCGGGCAGGCGCAGGUAGAAACUGAAAGCAAUCUUAAAACAUACCAGGUGCAGAGCACAGUACAGUAACCAUGAAUGACAUUGCACAGAAAACUGAGAUUCUGCUUUCUUCAUCUAAACCCGUCCCAAAGUCCUAUGUGCCCAAGCUUCACAAGGGGGAUGUAAAGGAUAAAUUUGAAGCAAUGCAAAAAGCAAGGGAAGAAAGAAAUCAAAGGAGAUCUAGAGAUGAAAAGCAAAGAAGAAAAGAACAAUAUGUUAGAGAGAGAGAAUGGAACAGGAGAAAGCAGGAGAUGAAAGAACUGCUGGCAUCUGACGAAGACGAUGACACCAAAUUAUCUAAAACAGAAAAAGGUUAUGUCCCAAAACUGAUAGGGACUGUUAAAGGCAAAUUUGCAGAAAUGGAGAAGCAAAGGCAAGAAGAAGAAAGAAAAAGAAUGGAAGAAGAAAGGAAGCGCAGAAUCGAACAAGAUAUGAUUGAGAAAAGGAAAAUUCAAAGAGAAUUGGCCAAAAAAGCCCAGGAGAUUGAGGACUUUAACAAUACGGGAACUGAAUCAGCAGCUGAGGAAGGGGAUGAUUCACUCCUAGUUACAGUAGUGCCUGUGAAACCCACCAAGACACCUGGGAAGGUGAAAAUAAACUGUGAGAACCCAGGAAAGGAGAGAGCAGAGGAGGAAGAAAUGAAGAAUGAAAACCAAUCCCUGAAGGAAACCAAGUGCCUUUCAUUUGUCAUGGGGGAGAAUGAGAGCAGUGCCCCCCCGGAGUCUGUGUCUCCUGGGAAGCUGAAGGUGACCUUUGAGGAGCUGGAGAGGCAGAGGCAGGAGAGCCAAAGGCGGCAGGCGGAGGAGGAGGCCCGGCAGCGGCUGCAGGAGGAGAGACGGGCCUUUGAGGAGGCCCGACAGCGAAUGAUAAAUGAAGGUGGGGAUGAAGAAUCUGAAAAUUCUGUUAAAGAAUUCCGCCCUGGGAAACUCCGACUCAGUUUUGAGGAGAUGGAAAGACAGAGGAGAGAAGAGGAGAAGAGGAAAGCAGAGGAGGAAGCGAGGAGACGCAUAGAGGAGGAGAAAAGAGCAUUUGCUGAAGCGAGGAAGAACAUGGUGCUGGAUGAUGAAUCACCAGAAAUGUUUAAAACAUUUUCUCAAGAAUCCCUCGUACCUGGGAAACUGGAAAUUAACUUUGAGGAGCUGCUGAGGCAAAAAAUGGAAGAAGAGAAGAGACGCACAGAGGAGGAGCGUCGGCAAAAGUUGGAAAUGGAAAGGCAAGAGUUCCAACAGCUGAGACAAGAAAUGGGAGAGCUGGAAGAAGAGUGUGAAACUUUUGAGCUGAGCAAAGAAUAUGAAGAAUUAAUAAAGCUAAAAAGAAGUGGUUCUAUUCAGGCAAAGAACUUAAAAAGCAAGUUUGAAAAAAUAGGACAGCUGUCUCAAGAAGAAAUCCAGAAGAAGAUUGAAGAAGAGCGAGCAAAGAGGAGAGCAAUGGAUGAAGAAAUAAGAGAAAGAGAAGCUGAAAAAUUCCAGGAGGAGGACGAUGUAGAUGUGAGACCAGCCAAGAAAUCCGAGGCUCCCUUUACUCACAAGGUGAACAUGAAGGCCCGUUUUGAGCAAAUGGCAAGAGCCCGGGAGGAGGAGGAGCAGAGGAGGAUCGAGGAGCAGAAAUUCCUGCGCAUGCAGUUUGAGCAGAAGGAGAUCGAUGCAGCCUUACAGAAGAAAAGAGAAGAGGAAGAAGAAGAAGAGGGAAGCAUCAUUAAUGGUUCUACUUGUGAAGAUGAGGAGGAUCAAGCUCGAUCUGGAGCUCCCUGGUUCAAGAAGUCUCUGAAAAACACCUCAGUUGUUGAUGGCGAGCCAGUGAGAUUCACAGUUAAACUCACUGGAGAACCCAAACCUGAAGUUACGUGGUGGUUUGAGGGGGAGAUGUUGCAGGACUCUGAGGACUAUCAGUACAUUGAAAGAGGAGAAACCUAUUGCCUUUACUUGCCAGAAACCUUCCCAGAAGACGAAGGGGAAUAUAUGUGUAAAGCAGUCAACAACAGAGGCUCAGCUGCCAGCACCUGCAUUCUCACCAUUGAAAGUAAGAGUUAGCAUUUUAAUCUGCCUAAUUCUCACUCUUCUUUGCAUCUUUCCUGUUACCAAAACCUAAUUACCUUUCUCUCUUAACCCUUCUUGUAUUUUCUAGCUGAUGACUACUAAUGCUCUACCUUAGCUGGAAUCUUUCUUCCCCUCAACUUUCUUACUGCAUCAUCUCUUUCUCUGAUGGGGCCAACUAAAGAAAGCAAGGAUAUGCAUUAAUUUGUCAUUCCUGCAUCAGAAUAACCUUCGAAUUAUGAGUGUGUCUGGAUUCCCUACUCAAGGCAAAAAUCAGUAUUAAAGGCUAAAAAAAAAAAAGAAUCAAUGUAUGAAAGAUCAACAAAGGAAAAAGCUGAAUUAAAAUAGUGCUCCCCCAUUCCAAGACCAACUGCUGCAUAACAGAAUAAAGCUGAAUACACAGCCUGGAAA